GCUUCAGAGGCUAAAGGUCCUUAGAGCGAGUAGCGGCGGUGGCAGCAGCAGCAGCGUCCGGAGGAGCAGCGGCCGCGGGAGCCUUCGCUUUGUCGCCAAGAUGCCGGCUGUGUCGAAGGGGGACGGGAUGCGCGGGCUGGCCGUCUUCAUCUCCGACAUCAGGAACUGUAAAAGCAAAGAAGCUGAGAUAAAAAGAAUAAACAAAGAAUUGGCAAACAUUCGGUCAAAGUUUAAAGGUGAUAAAGCCCUUGAUGGCUACAGUAAGAAAAAGUACGUCUGCAAGCUGCUUUUCAUCUUCCUCCUGGGGCAUGAUAUUGAUUUUGGCCACAUGGAGGCUGUGAAUCUCCUGAGUUCGAACAAAUACACAGAGAAGCAAAUAGGCUAUCUGUUCAUCUCCGUGCUUGUGAAUUCAAACAGCGAGCUGAUCCGCCUGAUCAAUAAUGCAAUCAAGAACGACUUGGCCAGCCGCAACCCCACUUUCAUGGGACUCGCUCUGCACUGCAUAGCCAAUGUGGGCAGCAGAGAGAUGGCGGAUGCAUUUGCUGGAGAAAUUCCAAAAAUACUUGUAGCUGGAGACACCAUGGACAGUGUGAAGCAGAGUGCAGCCCUGUGCUUGCUAAGAUUAUACAGGACUUCUCCUGACCUGGUUCCUAUGGGAGACUGGACCUCCAGAGUUGUGCACCUUCUCAACGACCAGCAUCUGGGUGUGGUUACUGCUGCUACAAGUUUGAUCACCACUCUGGCACAAAAGAAUCCAGAUGAAUUUAAAACCUCCGUGUCUCUGGCUGUCUCCAGACUCAGCAGGAUCGUGACGUCUGCAUCGACUGAUCUCCAGGAUUAUACAUAUUACUUUGUUCCAGCGCCGUGGUUAUCUGUGAAGCUUCUAAGGCUGCUGCAGUGCUACCCACCCCCAGAAGAUCCUUCAGCACGAGGUCGUCUCACCGAGUGUCUGGAAACUAUUCUUAACAAAGCUCAAGAACCUCCAAAAUCCAAGAAAGUACAGCAUUCAAAUGCGAAGAAUGCAGUGCUAUUUGAGGCAAUUAGUUUAAUUAUCCACCAUGAUAGUGAGCCAAACCUGCUUGUUCGUGCCUGUAAUCAGUUAGGCCAGUUCUUGCAGCACCGGGAAACUAAUCUUCGAUACCUAGCACUGGAAAGCAUGUGCACGCUUGCCAGCUCUGAGUUUUCACACGAGGCCGUGAAAACGCACAUAGAAACAGUUAUCAAUGCACUGAAGACAGAGAGGGAUGUAAGUGUGCGGCAAAGAGCGGUGGACCUCCUGUAUGCCAUGUGUGACCGAAGCAACGCCCAGCAAAUUGUAGCUGAAAUGCUGAAUUACCUGGAAACGGCUGAUUAUUCUAUUAGAGAAGAAAUUGUGUUGAAGGUUGCGAUUUUAGCUGAGAAAUAUGCAGUGGACUACACCUGGUACGUGGACACCAUCUUGAAUUUGAUUCGAAUCGCUGGAGACUAUGUCAGUGAAGAGGUGUGGUACAGAGUCAUCCAGAUUGUAAUUAACAGAGAUGAUGUGCAAGGAUAUGCAGCAAAGACAGUCUUUGAGGCGCUUCAAGCACCGGCUUGCCAUGAGAACCUGGUAAAAGUGGGUGGCUACAUCUUGGGAGAGUUUGGAAAUCUGAUUGCUGGGGAUCCAAGAUCUAGCCCUUUGAUCCAGUUCAACCUGCUGCACUCAAAGUUCCACCUAUGUAGUGUCCCAACCAGAGCGCUGCUUCUGUCUACGUACAUAAAAUUUGUGAAUUUAUUUCCUGAGAUAAAAACAACUAUUCAGGAUGUGCUGCGCAGUGAUAGCCAACUGAAAAAUGCUGAUGUUGAGCUGCAGCAAAGAGCUGUUGAGUACUUGAGACUCAGUACAAUUGCAAGCACUGACAUCUUGGCAACGGUGCUGGAAGAAAUGCCCCCAUUUCCAGAGAGGGAGUCCUCCAUUCUGGCUAAGCUCAAGAAGAAAAAGGGCCCCAACACAGUUACUGACUUGGAAGAGACAAAGAAAGAGAGGAACUCUGAUGUGAACGGGAGCACAGAAGCUACUCUUGUGAAUGCCAGCACUGUGUCUACUCCAUCUCCUUCAGCAGACCUUUUAGGACUUGGCACGGCCCCCACGACAAACUCUGUUCCAGCCCCAGCAUCUAGUGGCAGUUUGUUGGUAGAUGUGUUUUCAGACACCUCUGCAGCUCCUGCAUCUCUUGCUCCAGGUUCUGAAGAUAACUUUGCAAGUCCUGACCUAUCUUCAAAUGAGCAGGUGGUUUCUGAGGAACCAGCUGAUGCUGUGCAUGAUGCUGAUGAGCUUUUUCACACGUUUGUUUGCAAAAAUAAUGGAGUCUUAUAUGAGAAUCAGUUGCUACAGAUUGGUUUGAAAUCUGAAUUUCGGCAGAACCUGGGUCGGAUGUUCAUAUUUUAUGGUAACAAGACUUCAACACAAUUUUUGAAUUUUACUCCAGCACUAAUCUGUUCAGAUGAACUCCAGGCUGGCCUGAAUCUCCAGACGAAACCAGUUGAUCCCACUGUGGAGGGAGGUGCUCAGGUGCAGCAGAUAGUAAACAUUGAGUGCAUAUCGGACUUCAUGGAAGCACCAGCCCUAAAUAUUCAGUUCAGAUAUGGAGGAACGUUGCAAAACAUUUCUGUGAAGCUUCCCAUCACACUGAACAAAUUUUUCCAGCCUACAGAAAUGGCCGCUCAAGACUUCUUCCAGAGGUGGAAGCAGCUAAGCAGCCCUCAACAGGAAGUGCAGAACAUCUUUAAAGCAAACCAUCCAAUGGAUACCGAAAUUACAAAGGCAAAGAUUAUUGGCUUUGGCACAGCUUUACUGGAAGAAGUAGAUCCCAAUCCUGCUAACUUUGUCGGAGCUGGCAUAAUCCACACAAAAUCAUUCCAGAUUGGAUGUUUGAUGCGUCUUGAACCCAACCUGCAGGCACAGAUGUACAGAUUAACACUACGGACAAGUAAAGAAACGGUGUCUCGAAGGUUAUGUGAAUUACUUUCCGAACAGUUCUGAGCCAUAAUAUGCAACCCCUUCUGAUUCUUCAUUUCUGCCAUUGUCCAUGUCCUGCUCCAGAAAUGUUUUGUACACCAGUGUCUGCGAAAAUAAUUGCCACCCCAUUCACAUCCCUGCCUUAAAGGACCUUUCCCCUUUUAUGUGAAACAAAUGAUAUGUGCAACAUAAAAUUACUUAAAUGUGAAAAUAAAAUAAAAUGACUCUUAGAUUUUUGGUGCAAAGAAGCUGGGAGGUCUUGUAUGUGUGUGGGAGGUCUUGUCUGUCUCAACUCAACUGUGCUUCAUAUAUUUUUGGCAGGAGUUGUUUUAUUAAAAUUCACUUCAGGUAUGGUUAAUCCCAACUAAAUGAAACAGUUUUGCUGGAAAAUGCCACUGUAAAUUGCUAGACGCAUGCUAGCAAAAAAAAAAAA